CCAGGCGGGGGAGCAGAUGAGGGAGGAGCCUCAGAUCUGGAGCAAAGUGAGGCACUGUCUCCAUAGGGAGAAGGCCUGAUGUGGACUGUCCGAACUGAAGGAGGGCACCUUCCUCUCCACAGCCCCACCUUCUCCUGGAGGAAUGUAGCUUUCCUGCUGCUUCUCGCCCUUGCUUUGGAGUGGACUUCUGCAUUGCUGGACAAGAAGAACAAACAGAAACCAGGGUUGUGUCCCAAAGAGAGGCUCGCCUGUACUGCUGAACUUCUGAAUUCAUGUAACACAGAUUUUGACUGCCAGGAAUACCUAAAGUGCUGCCUUUUUGCCUGUCAGAAGAGGUGCAUGGAUCCCUUUCAAGAACCCUGCACGCUACCUGUGAGACAAGGAAACUGUAAUCAUGAUGCACAGCGCUGGUAUUUUGACUUUAAAAAUUAUCGCUGCACACCCUUCACAUACAGGGGCUGCAAAGGGAAUGCCAACAACUUCUUGAGUGAGAAUGACUGCAGAAUGGCCUGCAUGUUAGUUGUUAAGGAUGGACAAUGCCCACUCUUCCCUGUCACUGGACGUAAGGAGUGUCCACCUUCAUGUCACAGUGACAUCGAUUGUCCCCCGACAGACAAAUGUUGUGAAUCCAGGUGUGGCUUUGUUUGUGCCAGGGCCUGGACAGUCAAACAAGGUUUCUGCCCACGCAAGCCCUUGCUAUGUGCCCAGAUCGAUAAACCCAAGUGCCUGCAGGAUGAUGAGUGCCCAUUGGUGGAAAAGUGCUGCUCACGUUGUGGACUGAAAUGUACGGAUCCCAAGCUUUGAAUAGUAAGUAGAAAAUAUUAUCAUCAAAAUCAUUUAUUAUGAGUAGCAUAAUAAAGACCUGUCAGUUUUGUCUUGUAUCCAACUUGCCAAAUUAUCUUAAGUAUCACAAUAUUGAAUGAUGUUACUUUGAUUUUAUAUAUAAUCUCAUCAUCUGAAAGUGAUGAUAUAUUUGACUUUUUUCAACUUCAUGACUUUAUUUUCUUGUCUUCUUGUAUUGUAUAGAAGCUCCAAAAUAAUAAUGAAAAUAAAGACAAUGGCAUCCA